CUGAGGAGGCUGCGCGUGCCUGUGUGUGUAACAGUGCUCUCUAUCAGGGAUGCUGCUUUUCUUCCCAGGAGAUCACACAGUCUCUUACAUCCAAGGAUGCUGCACUUGAAAGUGCAGUUUCUUGAUGAUUCUCAGAAAACCUUUGUUGUAGAUCAAAAAGCUCCUGGUAAAGAACUUUUUAACAUGAGUUGCAGUCAUCUCAAUCUAACAGAAAAGGAAUACUUUGGUCUGGAAUUCAGAAAUCAUGCAGGAUGCCAAAUGUGGCUUGGACUUUUAAAACCCAUAACAAAACAGGUUAAACACCCUAAAGAGACAAUAUUCAAAUUUAUGGUGAAGUUCUUCCUAGUGGAUCCAGGAUUGCUGAAGGGAGAGCUGACAAGGUAUCUCUUUGCUCUGCAAAUAAAAAAGAAUUUGGCAUCUGGAAAACUGCCUUGCAAUGAUAACAGUGCUGCUUUGAUGGCUUCCUAUGUACUGCAAUCUGAGCUGGGGGAUUUUGAGGAGGACACAGCCAGAAAGCAUCUGGAACAGAACCAAUAUCUACCCAAUCAGGAAUAUUUAGAUAACAAGAUCCUGAAAUAUUACCAACGUCAUGUGGGAAAGUCUCCAGCCGAAUCAGACAUGCAGUUGCUGGACAUAGCACGGAAGUUAGACACAUAUGGCAUCAGGCCCCAUGCAGCCAGUGAUGGGGAGGGCAUGCAGAUCAAUCUAGCAGUUGCACAUAUGGGAGUCCUAGUACUGAGGGGUAACACUAAGAUUAAUACAUUCAACUGGGCAAACAUCAGGAAGCUGAGUUUCAAGAGGAAACAUUUUCUCAUCAAGCUUCAUCCUCAUAUUGAUACUUUGUGCAAGGACACCCUUGUGUUCACAAUGGAGAGUCGUGAUGCAUGUAAAGCCUUUUGGAAGAGCUGUGUUGAGUAUCAUGCCUUUUUUCGUCUUUCUGAGGAGCCCAAACGUAAGCCAAAGCCAUUUUUGUGUAGCAAAGGCUCCAACUUCAGGUACAGUGGGAGAACACAAAAGCAAAUUUUUGACUCUUGGACAAAGGGAAACUCAAAGAACUUGCCCUUUGAAAGAAGGCACUUACUAGCAAAUCUUCAUGAGAGGCAAUGCAGAUCAUCUCCAGACCUUCUUACUGAAGUGGCCAAACAGCCAAAUGACUUCAAGUUGAUAUACACCAGUCGUCCUUGCUCCAGAAGUGCUAAUAGUGUUGGCUGGGACCCACCGAUGCAUAAGAACAGGAGAAAGUCAGCAACUGAAAUAAUUUUUUCUGCAGAUUUAGAAAGAUCAAAACCCAAUGAAGAGCCCACUAUUCUGCAACUAUCCAAAAGUAGCUGUUCAUUUCCUGGUUGUAGCUAUCUAGAUAUAAAGGAUAAUGCACCUAGGACAGGUUACAAUAAAAGGCCAUUGUCUUAUUAUGAAGACAGUAAGUAUUUUUCUGGAAACUUUAAAAGUAUGUCUGAAGGCUGUAUGAGGGAUGCAGCUCCUUUACCUUCAGCAAUAUACACAGAUCGAGUCCCUCUGCCACAUUCAAGUCAUCAGCUGAACAGCGAUUCUGUAGAUUAUUUAUGUUAUUCAGAUCAUUUGUCUUCAAUACCACAGCAAACGUCAGCCAUUGUGGAAGAAAUUGUAAGAUUAACUAAUAAACCUAGCACUUUCUUAGAAAAGUCUGCUAACAGAAGUCCAAGUGCUAGAAGAAUAAAAGAGUAUCACCAACCUGUGUAUCCCAGGACAAGUUGCAGGAGUAGUAUUAGCAUGGUUCCUAAAAGAGAAAGCCAAGUAACACAUGUAGAAUACACUCAGGAUCCAUAUCCCAAAAGAUCCUUGAGUCACUCUGAUAUGAAAUCUUCAUGGUUUCCUUGUGGAUCGGAAUUUAGGCCUCUGGGACCAUGUCCGAUACUAAGUAAAACAUCCAGCAUCUCAACAAGGCCAUUAGUCCCACAGCAUCUUCCUAUACCUCAUCAACUUCCUCCUCCACCUCCACCACCACCUGCUCCUCCUCUUCCUUUGACUGAAACAAAAAAAGUCCCAAGGACCACAGAGAGAUAUGUGUACAGUGGGACUGAAAGCAGCGAUUCAGAAACUGAAAUAAUAAACCCAUAUUACUAUGCCCUUUUUGGGAAACAUCGGUCACCCCUGACAAGAAUUAGACUGUCUUCUGGAAGUCUACAAUUAGAUGAAGAAGAAAAUAAUGCAAUAAAUUGGCAUAGCAGGGAAAACAGAAAAGGAACCUAGCAACCCUUUAAAGCCCAGGACUUUUUACAUGAUUAAAUGGAAUACUUAUAAAUAAUCAUUUGCUGUAAAAUAAGUGCAAGUAACAACAUGUUAAGCUACAGAUGUUCAGCCGUUGAUAAAACAGCAUUAUGUGUCUAGUAAUACAGUCACUUGAAGCAAAUUCUUCCCUGUAGCUCUUUUUUCUUUUAAAUAUGAGCUAGUAACUGUGUUGGAGAGCACUUUUUAUUUCACUUCUAGCAAAUAACUUGGCAAACAAAGUGAGGUAAUAAGUUUAUGUUUGCUUCUUACAGGGCACAAUGAAUAAAGAAUGGGGCAAAACAAUCAUAUUUGUUGGUUAGAUGGUUAAAGGAAAUGUAACAAACAUAUUUACAUGAACCGAGUAGAUAAAUGGGCACAAAAUUGUUUGUGUACACACACACAUAUAUAUAUCUAUAUUUCUUUUUUAUAGCAUUGGUUCAUUGUUGUAUAAUUUUCCGUUAUAUGAGAAACAAAGUGGCUUAUUUAUUAUCAAUCAUUAGGUUUGGGUAAAUCGAUAUACAAGAAAAUUCAGUGCGUUUUUUUAAACGAUUCACUUGAACCCAACAAUCAGUUCAUAAUAAAUCAGCCCCUACGUCUUCACAAAUUUAUAAAAAAAAAUGAGUACUGUGGUUUUGUUUGCCCAAUUGCAUCCUUCUUUCCUAUUCUUUUAGUUCCUUCCACAAAAUGAAUACCCCAUGGCAGAACAGUAUAUUAUACCCCAUAGUAGUACAGUAAAUAAUACUCCGUAGUAGUAGAGUAUUUGAAAACAUAUACUGCAAACCAAAAGGGCCUAUCUUGCCAUAAAGUCUCAUCUAUAUCUGACUGGAAUUACCCUGCAUUUUGCCAUAUUAAAACCUUGAUUUUGUCAUGCAAUGUGAUCAAUCAAGGAAAGAAAUAUUUAAUGUAUUAUUUUACUGGUUGAACAACAUUACCUUUAAAUCAUAUCUAGGUGACUUUAGGAUGGUUUAUUUGGAACCAAAUUUGCAGGCUAAAAUACCAGCAUUCACAGCUAUAUUAUGUUGCGCAUACAUCAAUGUAGUGGAAUGAUCUGUUUGGUUAUACCAAUGGAUUUCAUUGCUGUCGUCUCCUCUGCACCUAAUUCUGUUCUUCUUCCAGAGAACAUUGUACCAGCUGCUGUGCCACUUCUCUAAAUAUCUCAGGAGCAACACUACCUGCUUCUAAUAUAAGUGGAUGCUUGUUUGCCCAAUGAAAGGGCAGUUUAUGUGAACUGAAAAACACAAUAGUGAUAAUAAAACCAGAUAAAAAAUGAGGACAGCCUUCUGACAAGUUGGAAACCUUUGCACAUCUAUUUGGGAAUGUUUUAAGAGAGGUUCAUAGCUUUACUUUACCCCAAAACUACAGUUUCAUAUAAAUAAAAUGAUCCCAAAUGAUACAAAACCAUAGUUUUUCCAGUCUGAGCAACUGGAACAUUCAUAAUCAGCAGAUUAUUGAGGCUGCGUGAUUUUCUUUUAAAAUGUUCACUAUACACUGGGCAACACACAACAUUUCAUGCCCCUAUACACUUUUUACCAAGCUCUCUAUCUAAUAUAUAAUAACCUAUAUAAUAACCUAUGCCUUUCCCAACCCGGACCCAGCCUGAUAGCAAUUGGGAUCACAUAGAACAUGCUCCAAUGUUUUAGGACAGGGUUUUGAUAGAUUUUAAUAGAAUUUAAUUUAUGUUGCUUUGUGAAUGGGAUGGAUUUACUUUCUUUAAAAUUCUCCCAAACUCUGGGGGUGAUACUGCCAGCAGUAGAAAUGAAUGAUUUGUUGUUGAUUUGUAAAGUUGUUUCUGCAGUCAGCUUACAGCGGAGCAUGUCCUGACAUCUUUAAAUUAGUUCCAUAUUGUUUAACAAAUGAUAUUUAAGUAGGAUGCUUAUUUUAGAAUAUUGGUAAUGAUUUCCUAAUUUGUAAUAUCAAGAGGAGAAUGGUGAAUUCUUUUCCUCUUUUAUUUGAAAGAAAAGAAAAAAAAAAAUGCAACCUAGGGAAACUAAGUUGCAUUUUCUUUUACAUAAGAUGCCAUUUUCUUGGUUGUUUAUUUAAAUUUGUUUAUAUCA